GUCCAUGUUUGGAAUGGUUUACCCCUUGUCAGUGGCUUUUUUUUUGUUUGUUUGUAAGUAAGUUCGGCACAACUUGUGGCAUUACUCAUGCCCGUCACAUCGGUAACCGUGGUUCUACUCGAACCCGAAUGAAUCGUCCCAGCCUCUGAUCAGUGCGCCAAGCAGUUCCAGCAUAUUACUCGGGAUAGGACGGACAAGACUCGAAAUAGAGAUGAUGACGCCACACUGCCACCUGGCCAGAGAGCAAAACAGCAAGCCAAUCAAGUCGCAGCAGCAAGAGCAGAAGCAGCAGCAAGAGGGAGAGCAAAAGCGAAAGGGCUCGGCUUGCCUGCUUCUUCUGCGAUUCAUCUGCUUGCAGAAGAACAACAGCAAGAGCAACAGCAUCAGCUUCAGCAUCCACUAGACCACUACAGAGGCCCCGUGAUAGUACUCUACACCUCAGUCUUCAUCGUCAUCUUCUACCAAGAGAAGGACGUGACUGCUUACGUACUAUCGAAGUACAUUCACGACGACGACGUGUAGGGCCUCGCGACUAUGUGCCCAGAAUAUCAAUAUCAAGAAGAAAGGCGUGAAGGACACGGUGCGCAUCUACGUGGUUGCUCUGGUGCAAACAUGUUCUCAUGGAGAAUGAGAACUAUGGUAGUUGUGAUGCUACUUCUGCAGUAAGCUCCAGCGCGUCCCCGGCGGCUACUUCCGCAGUCGCUUCUGCUAAACACCGACAGCAGCGGGGCGUCUUGCUGGCUGGUUCAUCUGGUGCUGCUGCAGCGGCUCUACCUACAAGCGUCUCAACUGCAGCGGGUCCUUCUGCAGAAGUCGUCUCUAGCGCGAUAGUUGGGGGAACUGGGACUGUUGUGGGGGCUGAUGUCAUGCUUUCGUCAAGUAGUGUAACAAGACGGGCUUUUGCGCCUGGUGGUGCUGCUUUGACAGGAGCUGCUGCCGUGGUCGGCGCUGCAACUAGCAAACUGGAAAUUGCUUCGGGUGUCGGCGCUUCCUCUACCCUCCUGACGACUCCGGCUUCGGAUGGUCCAAUCUCUGCAAGUGUGGCGACUUGCGCGGGAAUGAGCGAUGGCGAAGCCGUUUAGAUGAUAAAACAAGCGAUGAAGUAGAAGAAGAACAAGACGAAAACAAAAAAUAUCACCAAAAAGAUGUAGAUUGAUGAUUCGCUCAGGGUUAAACGCGCGAAUUUAUCAAAAGAAGACUAUGCAUUCGUCUUAGACAUGCUGCAGCCGCUAGAAGGAUUUAUACACGAACAACAACAUAACUACAAAGUCCGCACAGUAUUUUGCUCAUCUCACUACGAAAAAAAUAGAUGGGGGCUCUCGUAAAUUCACAACAACAAGGACGCUACAAGUCAGUGCCACAAGUACCACAGUGACAUGCGUGAACAUAUUGUGUAGCUCACUGAUCUAUGAAGUAGAACCAUGAAGAUGAUGCAAGUGCACGCGCAGCAUGUUAAUCAUCUCACGUUUUCCUCCACCACGAGCUACAUAAAGGACAGCAUAAUCAUUGAAAUCCUCAAAAAGAUAAAAGGCAGCAUACCUCACCCGACUUCUGAUUGAGCAUCACCUCCAACUGCAUCCGUGAAAUGUUGCACAGAAGUAGUAUCAAAAGUUCCUUCGCAUCGCAACGUAUCAGAGAAUCCGCAUACUCAAACGUUGAAAAUGUUUAGAGAGCCCUACCUCUUAGUGUCGAUAGACCAGAACCUACCUACUACGCAUGUGAAGCUCAUUCAUCUCCCCCGCAUACUUCGUCAAUGAGUGAAAGCAUCAGAUGAAUGAAUGACAGUCAUAACGUCACUCUCGCAAAGCUAACUGCUUGCUUGUCACUAUCGAAGCAGUGCAGAUAGACGUAGUAGGCGGCGAAAAUGAGGCGUGCCGAUCUUCUUCUCGAGUUGAUGCAAUUAUUGUAAAGAGGCAGCAUUUGUCUUCGUCACGAGUGAUCAAUAUUCGGUGGCAAGUUGUUGCGAUCAUUCGUCCUACAAUUUAGUAGAUCGGAUGCUUUUCGGUUUUUUCGCCUCGUAUAUCCGAAAUCAGAGAACGGACUUCUUGCUCGCUGGAACUACCGAAAAGUCGGAGGACUGGCCCCCACCAACAAUUAUCUGAUAUAACGAAACACCAUGACGCCGUGUGGCAGUCUGCACUGAAUUCUGUGCGAGAUUAUUUGCAUUGCGUUGUAUUGUAUAAAACGCAGCGGGUCCUCGUGAUUGGAUUUAUGUACGAAAA